AUAUUUGUCGCUCAAGAAGGCACCGAUGUCGGGGUGACCUUUCUCACAAGCAAGAGUGGAAUGCAAUAGCGAGUCGGGGUGGGGGCAAAGCCGUGUUGCUCUCCAAACCAUGAGCUGUGAUAGAAACAACCUCGAGUUAUCAUUUGUUGUUUAGCCAACGGAAUAAGCGUAGAGAUCGUGAUAGCCGAUUUUAGAUGGAAUAUACUCCAACUUCGAAAUUGUGUCCUUUCUCGUUUCCAUUGAGAUUAAAAUAAUGUGUAGUAUACCGUCGAAGUUUUACGAACUCUGUCGCCUUUGUUUAUCACGCGAUGGAGCGAAGUUGUCUAUUUUCGAUGAUGAGGGAACACGCCGCAACUUCCAACAGAAAAUAACGACAUGUCUUCCAAUAUCGGUAUCUGAAGAUGAUGAAUUGCCAAAUCUCCUGUGUGAGGUGUGUGUUGUCAAACUUGACACCUUGCACACCUUCAGAGAAAUCGCUGCGAAAUCGGAUGUUGCACUUCGGCAAUAUCUCGAAAAUCCGAACGAGAUACCUGACGACGCUGAUGAGGAUCUCCGAAAUGUUUAUUACCAAACUCAACAGAAUGUCGAAGAUCUCGAGGUUGUCAAAGAGGAAUGUGUGGUCUCGACAGUCCAUGAAGAGGUUAACGGUGAAGAAGAUUCUGACUGUGAUAGGCUAUUUAUAAAAACAGACGAAGAUCCAUCUGUUCUCGAACCGCAGACACAAAUAUCCGAGCCAGAAUCUCCGACUAGGAGACACCAAGAGUUCCUUAGGCAUGUUGUUGAAAUCAAUAGCAAUCGAAUGAGUGAUGCCAACAGUUUACUGAGGUCGUUGAUGUCAACGCCUCAAGUACAUUCAGGGAGACCAGUGAUUUUGAUGAGAGAAGAAGUGAGAUGGCCAACUCCAGCAUCUUCUCCAAACGAAGUCUUGACAAACAGGACAAAUAUUCAGACGACUACUCCUAGUUUAGAAGUAAGUGCAAGUGGUGAGUCAAGGACCACGAACGCUGGAAGACGGAAGCAGAGCUGUCCUUUAAGAUCUACAGAAGUACCCUACUUGAAUCAAACACCGGUCGUCACGACUAAGCCACCAGAACAAAGGCUUUACAGAUCUGCAGAAGCUAUUUCCCGACUUCUAGAAGCUGCAAAUUACACUGGCAGUGAUCUAGACACUAACGAACAUGACUCAGGAGACGAACCGAAUAACACUUGGUGUGGCUCUGUUGACAACAUUUUAAGAAAUAAUAGGGUACCAAAAAGAGUACAAGUCGCUUGUAGUAAUUGUGGAACAAGAACUACGACAAUAUGGCGAAGAAAUCCAAAUGGUGAAAUGGUUUGUAACGCUUGUGGUCUUUACUACAAGUUACACAAUAUCAAUAGACCCGCAACGAUGAGGAGGGAUACAAUACACACAAGGCGUCGGAGGCCCAAACCCGAUAAACCCCAGUCAAAAAGUAGAAAGUCACCCACAGAAUUUCCCAGUAGUGGGGGAAAUUCAGGAAGUGAGGAGUGUGAUGAUAUGUUAGCUGCUCUACGUCGUCAGAUACAGCCACAGUUUAUGAUGGCAGCAAUACAACAACAUGUUACUUCGCCUAACCAAGAUAAACCUCUUAAUCUUGUUGCAGGCUCACAUUGAUCCUUUUUCAACUUGACUGAGUAUUUUAAACCAUAAUAUAUGUUCAAAGCUCAGGACAUCCAUUAGAUUUGAUUUACAUUCUCUUAGAUACAUAUUCACACAUGCAUUGAAAAAAAAUUCUUGUGUUCGUACAACAGAUAAAAUUGAGUUUUUAUAUUUUAUUUAAUUUUUGUACUAUGCUCAGUUAAAUGAAAGGGGCGUUAAUAAUAAUGACUCUUAACUGUCAUCUUGUCUUCCUUUUAACCAUUAUCUCACUUGGGGGUUGUUUUAAACUUGGGCUGUGUAAAUUGUUAAAACUAUAGGUUUAUACAAAUGAAAGAUCUGCAAUUAUACAAAACUAUAUUGUCUACAUUUAUCUUUUUUUUUACAUUUUUUAUACACUUGGUAUAGGUUUUUCUUAAAAUCAUAACAACUUGUCUUUCGUUGUGAAAAAUCAUUGCAGAUGAGUUUUAAAUACCAUUUAUCUAACUUUAAGCAAUAAUGUAAAAAAAUGUACUGUAAAAUGUAAUAAAUAAGCUGUUGAAUUGUGGUAUAAGAUUCCAGUUUAUUUUGUAAUGCUUACGUAGAUUAGAAUCUCAGUUCAAUAAGUUUAUUUUUAAUACAAAAUAUGAAAAUAUUUUUUGCAUUUAUUUUGCUCUAAAUGAAAAUUCUUUCGUCCAAUAAUCUGGUUGUGUUAUCGUUUAGUUUUGUAAAUAUUAUAAUCAAAGUUCACAUAAUUAAAAAAAAAAUGAUAGUCUUAAAUUCGUUCUUUUCAUAAAUUUUGCAGCCUUAGAAUUCACUGUUGUUAAUUGCAAACAAAAACAACGGACAAAAAUGACACUUUUUAAAAUAUUUCCCUCUUGCUUAAUCUAGACGAAUCUCAUGUUUACAAAGUAGAAUCUCAGGAAACACAAUAAUCAGGUGCACUUAUUAGAGAUAGAUUUCACAUCAAACUAAAUUGAGUAAUAUAUUAAAAAGUGUCCUUUGUUAUAUUUUUAUAAAAUCUGCUGCUUUAGCCAAGAAAAUAUUUUAAAAAAAGC